AUGGCAUGCGGAUGCGACUAUGUGAUGCGAACCGUCCUCGCGGUCUCGGCGUUGCAUCUUGCGCAUCACUCACGCGAUCGCAAGGAGAUAUAUACUUCUACCGCGCUAACGUAUCAUCGCAUUGCCGCGAGGGAGGCAAUGAAUCUAAUGACGAAUAUCAAAAAGGAGGACGCGAAUAAAUAA